UAUGAUCUCGUACUUGAAGACGAUUAUCAUGAACCUAGUACGUCUACUCAUAAACAGAAGAAGAGAAAACAUGAGAGAGGUGAAAGUGAAGAAAGACAUUACAGAAAGAACAAGGAUAACAAUAAAGACAGAAGACACAAAAGUGAUUCUGAGGAAGAUGAUGUGCAUCACAGAGACAAACAAAGAAAAAGAAGCAGUGACCGACAUGAAGAGAGACAUCGAUAUAGGGACCGAGAUGAUCAUAGGGAGAAACAGAGAGAUAAGAGUACUCAUCAUGACAGACAUAGAGACAAACACAAUAGCAGAGAUAGGGACAAAUAUUAUGACAGAGAUAGAGAUAGAGGAAGGAAUAAUGAGAAAGAUAAAUACAAAGAUAGAGAAAGGUGCAGAGAAAGAGAUAGACACUAUCGCAGCUAAUAUUCUACAGCCUUAGGUUUGAAUACAAAUUAAACCUACACUCGUGUAUUGCUAUAAACACUUUUUAUGUGGACUGCUUAUUUUGUCUUAUGUUUGUACAUUAAGUUGUAUUAGUAUCCAAUGUUGAUAAGCUAUUUUACUAAAUUCAUGAAGGAUGGGUGGGCAACACAUUAUAGCAUUUCAGUUACAUUAAUAAAAUAAUGGUGAUAAUUGUUUUGAAAAAAAAAUUAAAACUUAGUUCGUGUGCCUGUUAUGAUUAUGACACAAUAUUUAUCAACUAUGUUAUAAAAUAAACGUCAUGGAGAUAA